AUGGAGCGGCCUCUCUUAAGCCCGGCCCUGUGGGGUUGGUGGCUGUGGCUGCUCUGCCAGCCAGGCCUGGCAUUCUGGGGUUCACAGCUGAGCCGGAACUGCCACAAUGGCAGCUACCAGAUCAGCGUGCUGAUGAUGAACAACUCGGCCUUCCCUGAGUCCCUGGACAACCUGAAGGACGCCGUGAACGCCGGCCUGGACGUGGUGAGGGUGCGGCUGCUCGAAGCCGGAAUCCAGGCAAAGGUGAAUGCUUCCUUCAUGUAUUCGGACGGCCUCAUCCACAACUCCGGGGACUGCCGCAGCAGCACCUGUGAAGGCCUGGACCUGCUGCGGGAGAUCACGAGGAGAAACCAGAUGGGCUGUGUGUUGAUGGGACCUUCAUGCACCUACGCCACCUUCCAGAUGUACCUGGACACGGAGCUGGGCUACCCCAUGCUGUCCGCGGGCAGCUUCGGCCUAUCCUGCGACUACAAGGAGACGCUCACGCGCCUCAUGGUGCCCGCGCGGAAGCUGCUGUACUUCCUCGUGGACUUCUGGAAGGCCCAGGACCUGCCCUUCAAGACCUUCUCCUGGAACUCGUCCUACGUCUACAAGGACACCUCCGACUACGCCGAGGACUGCUUCUGUCCCCGCCGGUGUGUGUCCGUGGCGGCCGGGCCGGCCGGUGGGGCGUGCGCCAUGUCCUCUCCUUCCUCCCGGCAGUACAAACUCCUGCUCACCUAUGACACGCACCUGAACCGCACGCACGCCGAGGACGCCAGCCCCUCGUUCCUCUGGAAGAACCACCGUCUCCCCAAUGACGUGCCGAGCCUGGGCCCGCAGGUGCUGCUGAUCGCCGUGUUCACGCUCACGGGUACAGUGGUGCUGCUGCUGCUCAUCGCGCUGCUGGUGCUCAGGAAAUACAAGAGGGACCACCAGCUCCGCCAGAAGAAGUGGUCGCACAUCCCCUCCGCCUGCCUCCUGCCCCUGGAGACCAGCGAGGCCGGCCCCGUGAGCCUCAAGAUCGAUGAGGACAGGAGGGGCGACGCCACGCAGCGGCUGCAGCAGUGGAAAUACGACAAGAAGAGGGUCAUCCUCAAGGACUUGAAGCACGGCGACGGGGACUUCACGGAGAAGCAGAAGAUCGAGCUCAACAAGCUGCUGCAGUCCGACUACUACAACCUCACCAAGUUCUACGGCACCACGCGGCUGGACGCCAGGGUGUUUGCGGUGAUCGAGUGCUGCGAGCGAGGCUCUCUGCGGGAGGUGUUGGAUGACGCCAUCUCCUACCCCGACGGCACCUUCAUGGACUGGGAGUUUAAGAUCUCCGUCCUCUAUGACAUCGCCAAGGGCAUGUCUUACCUGCACGCCAGCAAGGUGGAGGUGCACGGCCGCCUCAAGUCCACCAACUGCGUGGUGGACAGCCGCAUGGUGGUGAAGAUCACAGACUUCGGCUGCAACUCCAUCCUGCCGCCCAGGAAAGACCUGUGGACGGCCCCAGAGCACCUGCGCGGGGCGGGCGUGUCGCAGAAGGGGGACGUGUACAGCUUCGGGGUGGUGGGCCAGGAGAUCGUGCUGCGCAAGGACACCUUCCACACGCUCAGCUGCCGCGAGCGCAAGGAGAAGAUUUUCCGAGUGGAAAACUACAACGGAGGGCAGCCCUUCCGCCCGGACCUGUUUCUGGAAACGGCUGAGGAAAAUGAGCUGGAAGUGUACCUGCUGAUCAAAAGUUGCUGGGAGGAAGACCCAGAGAGGAGGCCAGACUUCAAGAGAAUCGAGAGCACGCUCGCCAAGUUAUUUGGCCUGUUUCACGACCAGAAGAACGAGUCGUACAUGGACACGCUCAUCCGGCGCCUGCAGCUGUACUCUCGGAACCUGGAGCACCUGGUGGAGGAGAGGACGCAGCUGUACAAGUCUGAGCGGGACCGGGCCGACCGGCUGAACUUCAUGCUGCUGCCCAGGCUGGUGGUGCAGUCUCUGAAGGAGAAGGGCGUGGUGGAGCCGGAGCUGUACGAGGAGGUGACGGUGUACUUCAGCGACAUCGUGGGCUUCACCACCAUCUGCAAGUACAGCUCGCCCAUGGAGGUGGUGGACAUGCUCAACGACAUGUACCGCAGCUUCGACCACAUCGUGGACCGCCACGACGUCUACAAGCCUCCAAUCGGGCCCUGCCUGGCCUUCACCUCCAGCCUCCCUUCUUCCUCACCAGGCCCCUGUGCCGCGGGAGUUGUGGGAAUCAAGAUGCCCCGCUACUGUCUGUUUGGAGACACGGUCAACACAGCCUCGAGGAUGGAGUCCACCGGCCUCCCCCUGAGGAUUCACAUGAGCGGCUCCACGGUGGCCAUCUUGAAGAGAACGCAGAGCCGGUUCCUGUACGAAGAGCGAGGAGAGACCUACUUAAAGGGCCGAGGGACAGAGACCACUUACUGGCUGACAGGCAUGAAGGACCAGGAGUACAACCUGCCGCCCCCUCCCACCGUGGAGAACCAGCAGCGCCUGCAGGCCGAGUUCUCGGACCUGAUCGUGAGCGCCCUGCAGCGGCGGCGGGCGGCGGGGCUGCAGCGGCCGAGGCCCCGGCGCGUGGCCAGCUACAAGGGCAGCGGCCUGGAGUACCUGCAGCUCAGCACCCCCGAGCAGCACGACACCUAUUUCUAG